CAUAGUUGGAGUGGAUAGCGUUUGGCACAAUGUCGAUUUUUUUAUGUGGCAUUUGUCACAGGGUAGUAUGGCUAAAGUUGCGUAACAGGGCGUUAUAUAUAUAGUCUGGAGAUCUAUUCUCUACUCUGUUUACUCCAAAGGGAAUGUGUGAUUAGCCCCUCCACUUCAUAUUGGACAUCAUGAGCUCUGAUAUUGGACUUAAGCACAAGACUUCUUCCACAGACGUCUCAGUCACGGAAAAAGCAAACUCAGACGAUAACUUCAAAGAUCAUGAUGUUGCGCUGCAGUUUCUGCACAAACGCCAUAAUGUCAUUGAUAACUCAAACUUAUCUUCCAAUUUGACAGACUCCAAUGGCCAGACCCGCCUUCCUGCACAUGUGCUGAGGAAAUUGGACUGGUACAUCUUGACCUUUAUGUGUGCCAUCUAUUUUCUCCAGUUUAUUGAUAAGACUCUUUUGAACUUCUCCGCUAUGAUGGGGAUCAAGAAAAACCUGAAAGGUAACGAGUUUGCCAACUUGGGUACAAUUUUCAAUGCUGCUUACAUUUUUGGCGAACCAUUCGUCUCAUACUGUCUACAGAGAUUCCCAUUGUCUCGAGCUUUGUCGGUUUUUGUCGUUCUCUGGGGAUGUGUCCUCGCAUGCCAUUCUGCCUGUCAUACGUACGCUUCAUUGAUGGUUGUUAGAACCUUGCUUGGAAUACUUGAAAGUGCCUCCGCAGUGAGUCUCAUUAGCAUCAGUGGAAUGUACUACACAAAGUCUGAGCAGGCGCAACGUAUUGGAUAUUGGGCGAUUCAAUCAGGAACAGGAACCAUCGUUGGAGCGUUGUUAAGUUUUGCAUUCCAGCAUGUCCAUACAACCAGGUUUCAGUCAUGGCAAAUUCUAUUUCUGGUGUUUGGUGUCAUAACUAUGGUUUUCGGUAUCUUCAUUUGGAUCUACUUGCCUAACAACAUCACGAAUGCUUGGUUCUUAUCUGAUGAGGAAAAGGCGCUGGUAAUCGAGCACGUACGCUCCAACCAAACAGGUGUCGAGAAUAAGAAGUUCAAGAAGCACCAAAUCAAAGAGUUAUUCUUAGAUAAGUAUACCUGGUUGAUGCUUUUGCUUGUUAUCACCUCACAAAUUGUCACUGGUGCAGUUGGAACAUUUUCCACAACCAUCACUGCAACAUUUGGCUUCAGCAAUGAGGUUACAAUUCUUCUCCAAAUUCCAAUUGGUGCGUUGAUCAUAAUUUACAUUGUCGUUUCAACCCAGUUGGUUGCCAGAUUUGGUAACAUUACUCUAGUGCACGUGUCUCUGUACAUUCCAUCUAUUGUCGGUGCUAUUAUGUUGAUAUCCAUGGACCUAACACAUAAGAUUGGGAAUCUUUUUGGACUGUACUUAUUGUAUUGUGGCUCAUGCUCCAUCACAUUGAUCUACGCAUGGAACAGUGCAAAUACUGCAGGUUACACCAAGAAACUUUUCCGUAACGCCCUUACUAUGAUCGGAUUUGCCAUUGCAAGUAUUAUUGGUCCUCAGCUGUUUCGGGCUUAUUCCUACCCUCGUUAUAUUCCAGCAAAGAUAACCAUAUUGGUUACCCAGGCCGUUGCUAUUCCUCUUACAUUAUUGGUUGGAUGGCUCACGAAACGUGAUAAUCAUAAACGGGACCAGUUACCUUCCACAGUGGAUGAGGUUUAUGACAAGGAGAAUUUUGAAUUCCUUGAUCUCACAGAUAUUGAGAACAAGAGGUUCCGGUAUUUAUAUUGAGUUCUAUACUAAUAUUAGUUUAAUAUUAUAUACUAGAUG